CUUUAUCACAGCAUUGUUUAUUAGGAUAUUUUACAAUCCCCCACGCUGGAUUUAGCAUCACGCAUUGAAGUUCUGCUUGUGAAGCUGUAAAACACACCCUCAGGAGUUUACUUUCACUGCUUUACUAUAAAAACAGAUGCUGCAGCUCAAUCUGCACUUCAGCUUUCACACAGGACUGAAGAAAGAAGGAAUCAACAACUGAAUUUCCAUCUAACAACACUGAAGAUGGGGAAGCGGCUCUUAUCAGGGUCGGAUGUGACCCUGAUGCUGUUGUUUGCACUGGUCAGUUUACUGUCUGCUGGGGAAGCAGAGAUGAUCAGAGAAGUCAAUGGGGAGGCCAAAUCCUCAAACUCUAGUCGCAUCGAUUGUCACCCUGAAGCAGGUUCUGAUCAGGCCAAAUGUGAAGCCCGCGGCUGCAUCUGGAAGCCUUCAGAUGUUCCCAAAGAGCCCUUGUGUUAUUACCCUGAGACCCAUGGUUACAUCAUCAGCAACACUGUUGAAAAACCAAGUGGCAUCACUGUAGAUAUAGUGCGCAAUACCGAUUUCCCAAUUCAACGUUCUCAAUCUCAAGACAUCAACAAGCUCUGUGUGGAAAUCACAUACCUGAGUGGACAAAGCCUGCGGUGGAAGAUCUUUGACCCAGCCAAUGCUCGCUACGAGGUCCCUGUUCCCCUCGACCUGCCCGCCGCACCAGAGACAGAGGAAAACAACAGACUGUACAGGGUUCAGAUCCAGCACAAGCCAUUCGGGAUCCAAGUGAUCAGAAAGGGCUCAAAAGAAAUCAUAUGGGACUCUGCCAUGCCAGGGUUCACAUUCUCCGAUCAGUUCCUUCAGAUCUCCACACGCCUCGCCUCAAACUACAUCUAUGGUAUUGGUGAAACGGAGCACCCCAGUUACAGUCAUGACCUCAACUUUCACACAUACGGCCUGUUUGCCAAGGACCAGCCUCCAGGGAAUAAACUGAACAGUUAUGGACUCCAUCCCUUCUACAUGGGUCUGGAGAAAUCAAGAAACGCUCACGGCGUCCUCCUGCUCAACAGCAAUGCCAUGGAUGUGACCUUCCUGCCUGAUCCAGCUCUGACCUACCGCACCAUUGGAGGAAUCCUCGACUUCUACAUGGUGAUGGGUCCCUCUCCAGAAGCUGUGGUUCAGCAGUACACUGAGAUGAUCGGCCGCCCGGUUCUUCCAGCCUAUUGGUCGCUUGGAUUCCAGCUUUGUCGCUACGGCUACGCCAAUGAUACGGAAAUCGCAGAUCUUUACAAGGACAUGAAAGCUGCUGAAAUUCCUUAUGAUGUUCAGUAUGCAGACAUUGACUACAUGGAGAGGCAGAAGGACUUUACGUUGGACAAAGUAAACUUCAAGGGACUGCCUGCUCUGGUGGACCAAAUGAGGGCCGAGGGGAUGCGCUUCAUCUUCAUUUUGGACCCGGCUAUAGCGGCCAAUGAGACUGAAGGCUCCUACCCUGCAUUUGAUACCGGGAUUGAAAAAGACGUUUUCAUCAAAUGGCCUCCUGAGCUCAGCAAUGACAUUGUGUGGGGAAAGGUGUGGCCUGAUUAUCCCAAUGUUACUGUGGACAAUUCUUUGGACUGGGAUACUCAAAUAAAGCUCUUCAGAUCUUUCGUGGCGUUCCCUGAUUUUUUGAAGAACAGUACAGCGGAGUGGUGGGGAGAGCAGAUUAAAGACUUUUACAACAACGUCAUGAAGUUUGACGGACUUUGGAUCGACAUGAAUGAGCCGGCCAAUUUUGUGCAUGGCACUGCCGGAGAAAAGUGUCUAGGGGAUCAAACUCUGGAAAAUCCUCCAUACAUGCCCCCUCUGGAGUCCAUGCACAGAGGUCUGAACCAUAAGACUAUAUGCAUGAACAGCGAGCAGAUCCUUGCUGAUGGCACACGUGUCAAGCAUUAUGAUGUCCACAACUUGUACGGCUGGUCUCACACCAAACCCACUCACGAUGCUUUGCUUAGUACCACUGGAAAGAGAGGUGUGAUAAUUACCCGUUCAACAUACCCGUCUAGUGGUCGCUGGGCAGGACAUUGGCUGGGAGACAACUACUCCAGCUGGGACCAGCUUCUGAAGUCCAUCAUAGGCAUGAUGAAGUUCAGCAUAUUUGGCAUCUCUUAUACCGGCGCUGAUAUCUGUGGCUUCUUUAACACUGCCGAAUACGAGAUGUGCCUGCGUUGGAUGCAGCUCGGAGCUUUCUACCCAUUCUCUAGAAACCACAACACCAUAAACAUGCCAAGGCAGGAUCCCGUGGCCUGGGGAGCGGAGUUUGCUGCUGUGUCUCGUGAUGUGCUGAAUAUUCGCUACACCCUCCUGCCGUAUCUGUACACACUGAUGUACGAAGCUCACGCUCACGGAAACACUGUGGUCAGACCCCUGCUGCACGAGUUUGUCACAGAUGAAAACACAUGGAAGAUUGACAGGCAGUUCCUCUGGGGUCCGGCUCUUCUGAUAACACCUGCUCUGGACCCGGGUGUUACUGUGGUCCGGGCCUACGUCCCAAAUGCCCGCUGGUACGAUUACCACACGGGUGAAGCUGUUGGAGUGCGAGGACAGUUUGUGGAUAUGGAUACACCAUUAUCGAAAAUUAACCUGCACGUGAGAGGAGGACACAUCCUGCCCUGGCAGAAAGCAGAGAACAACACACACUACAGUCGUCAGAAUCCUCUGGGUCUUCUUGUUGCUCUUGAUGAUGGAGGUUCAGCACAUGGAUCCUUGUUCUGGGAUGAUGGAGAGGGAAUUGAUACUGUUCAGAAUAAGCGUUUUCUCUUGACGACUUUCACUGUAUCUUCGGGUGUUCUCACCAGCGCGGUUCCCACUGAUGGUCUAGCUGAGGCCGACAGGUUGACCCUGGGUCUGGUGAAGGUGUGGGGUGUAACAGCGCCCGUCACUCGUGUUACCAUGAGCGCGACUGGACAGCCUGACACAGACCUGGCAUUCACAUAUAACGCUGAGGUUCAGAAGUUGCAGUUUGAUGCGACAUCACAAUCUCACAGCACUGAAAAGCCUUUCACAAUCACCUGGAACACAGCUUAGACUCGGAUCGCAUGAUUAUUGACCUUUAUUUACCAAUGUUCAGUCAACUAGUCCUUUAUUUAGCAUUUCCACCGGGAGCUUUUUAUCAUCUGGAUUUGAAAUGAUUUCUUCUAAAAUAAAUGUUUUGUUCUGUUUUGGUUUGGAUCUCAUAUUGACAAUCACAGCUUAUUAAGGGGAAAAUCUCUCAACUUCUGUGUCAUGAAACAUCAGCUCUGAUCCUGAGUGAGAUUUCUUCAUUUCACCAUUAGAAGUUCAUCGCUGUCCAUUAAGAAACAUGUGAGAAAAUGCAGUGUAACAUGGAGAAAGAUUUGAAAACUGCAAUAAAGUGAUUAAACCCCA